CACUUUGCUCACUCUCUCCUCCUCUCCACCCCCUCCCCCGUCGUCCCCAUGCAAGCCCUCCGCCUGGCGCGUCCCCGUCUCCCCCUCCGCCCCGCGUCCCGCGCGUUCGCGGCCGCCGCGAGCUCCUCGCAGACCGCCGCCCCCGCAGCCGCCGCGUCGUCCGCCGAGUCGGUCGUCCCGCUAUCCAACGUCGAGGCGAUGUGGGAGCGCCUCUCCGCCGACGAGCAGGCCGUCGUCCACCAGCAGCUCGAGGAGCUCCAGAAGCGCGACUGGAAGACGCUCACCGUCGACGAAAAGAAGGCCGCGUACUACGUCGCAUUCGGGCCCCAUGGCCCCCGAGCGCCGGUUGACGCCCCCGGGGCUGGCACCAAGAUCGUCCUGGGGGUCACUGGCCUCGUCGUUGCUGCCGGCGCAGUGUUCUACGCCGUCCGGGCCGCUGCCCCGCCGCCACCGCGCACUAUCACCAAGGAGUGGGAGGAGGCCACGAACGAGCGUGCUAUUGAGAUGAAAAUCAACCCUAUCUCUGGUAUCACGUCGGAAGGCUAUUCUGGCCCCGGCUUCGUCACGCAGAAGUAAACGCGUCGCCUGUCGCUCGAGGUUCAGUAGAGGGAGCGAGCCUGGAUCCCAUCAUCCGGCCGCUCGUAGGACGGAGAGGACUGUGCGCAUUGCGUCGACCGCGGUGUCGAACGCUGAUAGUUACAACAAUAGUAAUCUCCCUGUUAUUUCCUGCUUCCUCAACCAACUUGAAGUGCAGUCGCAUGCUAUCUGCUCGUGCGAGGAUU